GGGGUUUCCUUGUCUUUGACUGGAGACCGUCGAGCAGGAGAGGCGGACGAUGACAGCAUCCAUUGCUGUUAUUCAGCCUUCACACAUCUCAAUGAACUGCCCGCACAGAAGCCACUGAUCGUGCCUGCUGCGUCCUGCAGGGGCAGAGAUACUGAUCAGUGUCUUUCAAAUAAGAAGAGACACUGCAUCCAUCUUUUUUACUUAUGAGGUGUUUUUCAUAGACUCCUCUUUUUUAUUUUGAAACUUCCGCAGUCUGUCCCUCUCUCUGUCUCCACCAUGGUGCUAGGAAAGGUGAAGAGCUUCACAGUAAGCUACGACUGUCUCAAUGACAGCAACGUCCCCGUGUUCUCCAGCGGGGACUGCGUCUCAGGGAGGGUGGUCAUCGAAGUCACCGGAGAGAUCCGCGUGAAAUCCCUCAAGAUCCACGCGAAGGGAUUUGCAAAAGUUCGCUGGACUGAGUCGAGGAACGCAGGCUCCAACACUGCCUACACGCAAAAUUACACAGAAGAAGUGGAAUAUCUGAAUCACAAAGACAUCUUGAUUGGACACGAGAGAGACGAUGACAACUCGGAGGAAGGGCUCACCACUAUCCCUUCAGGAAGACAUGAGUAUGCAUUCAGCCUCGAGCUUCCACAGACACCUCUGGCUACCUCUUUCGAAGGGAAGCACGGCAGCGUGCGCUACUGGGUAAAGGCAGAACUUCACAGACCUUGGCUCCUGCCCAUGAAGACCAAGAAGGAAUUUACAGUCUUUGAGCACAUUGACAUCAACACUCCACUGUUGCUGUCACCACAGGCUGGCACAAAAGACAAGACACUUUGCUGCUGGUUCUGCACCUCAGGUCCUAUUUCCCUAAGUGCCAAAAUUGAAAGGAAGGGAUACACCCCAGGAGAGUCGAUCCAGAUCUUUGCCGAGAUCGAGAACUGUUCGUCCCGCAUGGUGGUGCCAAAGGCAGCCAUCUACCAGACCCAGACCUUCUAUGCCAAAGGGAAGAUGAAGGAGGUCAAGCAGCUGGUGGCCAACUUGCGGGGAGAGUCUUUGUCCUCGGGCAAAACAGAGACCUGGAGUGGCAAGAUGCUGAAGAUCCCGCCUGUGUCACCCUCCAUCCUGGACUGCAGCAUCAUCAGAGUGGAGUACUCGCUCAUGGUAUAUGUGGACAUACCCGGAGCAAUCAACCUAUCCCUGAACCUGCCCCUGGUCAUCGGUACUAUCCCUCUCCACUCCUUUGGUUCCCGCACUUCGAGCGUGAGCAGCCAGUGCAGCAUGAGCUGGCUGGGCAUGGGCCUGCCCGAGCGACCAGAAGCUCCUCCUAGCUAUGCAGAAAUUGUGACAGAAGAGCAGAGGCAGAGCAGUCUAGACGUCCCUGCAGCCCGUGAGGAGUUGGAUGGACCUCUCUUCGCCUAUAUCCACGAGUUCCGCUUCCAGCCUCCUCCUCUGUACUCUGAGAUUGAUCCAAACCCAGAUCACGUCAGCCGCACGGAGGAGCGCAGGCUUGAUGCUUGUCCAUCACGCUGAAAGGUGUUCCUGAAAUACUCCUGACCGAUUUCAGGAACUAACAGAAACCUGUUUUGUAGGCUCGGCUUUGUUUGUUUCUCUCCGACGACGAUGUUCAUGCUACGCUGUUGACAUCAGGGGAAAAACAAAGUAUCCAACCAACCAACUGAUGAAAUCUUGGACAAAUAUCUACAGUUGAGUUGGGUUGGACACAUCUGUUUCUGCCUUUCCUAGUGAGAGAAACAGGAGUUACAAGUUUGGGGUGUCACUUCCUUCCUGUGCCCUGCUGCUGAUGGUGGGAUGUGUACAGAUGAAAAAAUAAUGACCCCACUAGCAACGAGAGCCCCGGCGAUAGCGUUGAUGAUGGGAAGGAAGAAUCCCCAACUAAGGCUCAGCCCGCCAAGCUUCUCUUUCACCCUUGAUUCUUCUGCACUCAUGGCACAUAUGGACAUGGCUCCUCAACACAAAGGGCAGGACUGAUCAUGUCCAGACUUCAGCUGAAUCACAGAAAAUGGGAUGAAGAGAGACAACAACAACAACGUUCUAACCACCAUCAGUCCGUAUGAAUGAAAGUUUUCAGCGGCAGCAGUCAUCACCAGAGCAAAGACUAAGGUCCCCUUGCCUCAUUUUGGGAUUUUGUUUUGCACAUUUUUUUCCUUACUUGAGUUGUGUGGCUUCGUUUAAUGAUGAGAAUUGAAAAAAAAAUCACUAAUAGUUUGGUUUCAGCCUUGUUAUGCGCCAGACUAAAAAUACGAGAGUGCAGGCUUAACAUUUUAAGACUUUCUUCUGCUUAACUUUGAGCAACGCUGAGAACAGGAUUUUAUUUUUUGGAAGAAGAAACUUAAAGAAAAAGACUGAAAGGGUCAAGAACAAUGCACUGAAUUUGUUUUAAGCUGUUUAAGAAUUUUUCUUUCUCUCCUUACGACAUUUCCUCAGUGACUUAAAACAACUAGACUGGACUUUUACAACAGCUGCAGCACAUGAUUUUCAUCUGGAAGCUCUUUAUAAGAUGUUGCCUCUUCAGCUUGGAUCCAAGUGUGGCUUCUCUGUUUUUUUUAGUUUAGCUCUGUUAUUCUGUUCUUGUAUUUAGCUCAAAUCAUAGAAUAGUUUUUUUUUAGCCUUUUUUGUGUUGUGGUUGCUCUGGUUUUGGACUAGGAGGGUUGCAGACCUGCGUUUGCCACUAAAAUGCCACUAGAGGAGAAAAGUUGUUUGUGUGUGUGCAUAACAGAAGGUCGAGGGACCCGCCUCGCCUUAAUCGCCUGCAGCCCCUCUACUCCUAAUCUCAGGGUAAACCAGGCUUGCAUAAACUGCCCAAAAAGCACUGUCUCAGGUGGUCUUCUCACUUGCCAAACGGUUGGAAAAAAAAAAAGAGAGAAAAAAAACGUAAAAUUGCACUGUUCAAAAAUAAUGAAGAGUUCUUUUAUUUUUUAAAACUACCAAACGAGAGAAUAGACCUGUAGAGAAGCAAGGCAGCUUUCUGAGAUGAAUCACAUUCCCUUUUUGUCCUGCUGCACUUGCCCAGUUCAUCCAACCACAAGUUCGAUUUAACCAGACCAGUGAA